AUGGAGCACCACAAAAAAAGAAUUCUACAAAUCGUACAAAUACAAAUAAUAAAAAAAACGAAUCAAUCAUCUGAACAAACAAAAACAUCAGUUAUUGAUGAGACUAAUUCUUCAUUAGAGAUAUCGAAGACAACUAAUGAAGAAGUAUCAAUAAAAAAACCAAAUGAAAUAUCUAUAUUAACUUCAACAACGGAAGUAUUGGCAAAAGAAAUUGGAAAAUCAAAUGAUUCCAGUAAUGGCAUAUCAGGUGAAAAAGUUGCAAUAAAAAAUGAUUAUGAAACUAAUGUUGUACAAAUAGAAAAUGAAUCAACAAAAAUAAAUAAAAAAAACAACAACACCAUCAGCGAAUACUAA